UUUACGUCACUUCCGGGUCACAGCAGCAGCAGACCUGGGGACACGUGAGGCAAGAUGGCGGCGCCCAGGAGCAGCUGGCAGGAGGCGGAAUCUGACAGUAGUAGCGGGGCUGAGGAUCUGGAGCGGUUCCGAGAGGCGGCCUGGGAGCCUCCUGGUUCAGUGAAGAAAAUAGGCUCAGUUUCCAGAGAAAUCUGCUUCUCCUGUUGCCCCAAGCUUACGGUAUGUACAGUAAAAUAUCAUGACCAGAUUCUCUACCUUUGCCAAAGUCCUCUAAACAUUUCAGCCUUUUCUAGGGUUCGACCUAACAGCCAUGAGCAUGACGGGAAUGAACUCCAAACUACCCCUGAAUUCCGCACUCAUGUUGCCAAGAAGCUGGCUGCCAUGCUGGACAGCUGCAUCAGAGAAAUUCCAGGAAGCAACAGCUUCAAUCAGGAAUCUGCAGCCGCAUCAGACUCCGAAGAUGAAGGUUUUCGGCUAUUAACUACAUCUGUUCCUGGGGAUUGUAGGAAAAUAUUAUCGUCUCCAACCUUAAAACGCAGAGCGGCAUCUUCUACCAGUGAGGACAGUGAAGAAGAGGAACAGAGGUGUCGCGAGGCAGCUGUGUCAGGAUUAGAUAUUCUUAAACACAGUGCAUUACAGACAACCCUAGUGGAGAGGAUCGAAACAGAUGCCACUAAACAACCUAAAAAGAAGAAGAAAAAGAAGGCAAAGAAGGAUAGAGGGUUGAGUGGUGAGACUGAAACAGAUGACCAGAACAUGGAACCCAAAGGUAAUAUAAAUGGGUUUAAGAAGAAAAAGAAAGAAAGAGAAAUGAGUGACAAGACAGACUCACAUGAGAAGACUAUUCUUCCAGGGUCUGAAAAGAUCAACCCAGAAUCGGAUUGUUAUAAUAAGUCCAAAACUGUAAAAGAUCAGUCUAAGAAGAAAAAGAAGGAAAUGGGAUUGAAUCAGGAGACUACACCAGAUCACGACAUAAAUACAACGUGUGGAACCAAAAAGAAGAAAAAGAAGGUAGCUGCGGAAAAUUGUGAUGAACAUGACUGAUCG